GGCGUCCAGGCGGCGGCGGGGACGGCGGCGGCUCCUCAGUGUCCGGCUCAAGCUCCGGCUGCGGCUCCGGCUCGCGAUGCCCCACUCGGUGACCCUGCGCGGCCCUUCACCCUGGGGCUUCCGCCUGGUGGGCGGCCGGGACUUCAGCGUACCCCUCACCGUCUCGCGGGUCCAUGCUGGUAGCAAGGCUGCCCUGGCUGCCCUGUGCCCUGGAGACCUGAUCCAGGCCAUCAAUGGUGAGAGCACAGAGCUCAUGACACACCUGGAAGCACAGAACCGCAUCAAGGGCUGCCAUGACCACCUCACGCUGUCCGUGAGCAGGCCUGAAGGCAGGAGCUGGCCCAGUACCCCAGAGGACAACAAGGCUCAGGCACACAGGAUCCACAUCGACUCCGAGGCCCAGGAUUGCAGUCCACUGACAAGCAGGCGGCCCUCAGCCACCGGGCUUGGGCCAGAAGAUGGCAGGCCAGGCUUGGGAUCUCCUUACGGGCAGUCACCUCGCCUCCCAGUCCCUCACAAUGGCAGCAACAGUGAGGCUACUUUACUGGCCCAGAUGGGUGCCCUGCACGUGUCUCCACCCCACAGCACUGACCCAGCCAGAGGCCUUCCGAGGAGUCGCGACUGCGGAGUCGACCUGGGCUCAGAGGUGUACAGGAUGCUUCGAGAGCCAGCCGAGCCUGCAGCUGCGGAGCCCAAGCAGUCAGGCUCUUUCCGCUAUUUGCAGGGCAUGCUGGAGGCCGGCGAGGGCGGGGAACGGCCCGGGCCUGGCGGUCCCCGGAACCUCAAGCCCACGGCCAGCAAGCUAGGCGCUCCGCUGAGUGGCCUGCAGGGGCUGCCUGAAUGCACGCGCUGCGGCCACGGCAUCGUGGGCACCAUCGUCAAGGCGCGGGACAAACUCUACCACCCCGAGUGCUUCAUGUGCAGCGACUGCGGCCUGAACCUCAAACAGCGCGGUUACUUCUUUCUGGACGAGCGGCUCUACUGCGAGAGCCACGCCAAGGCGCGCGUCAAGCCUCCCGAGGGCUACGACGUGGUGGCGGUGUACCCUAAUGCCAAGGUGGAACUCGUCUGAGCCGCUCCCGGAACGUCGCAUCCCCGCCUCUGCUUUUUUUAACGUCCCCGCGCGGUCCGUGUAAAUAUGUGUUUGCGUCCUGGCUCUCUUAAUAAACUUCCUCCUCUCCACCUGCGCUG